UGACCUCGAUCAUAUAAUUUCACCAGUAACUUCUAUGAUGUAAUUUUGUUAGUGCACGCGAGGUCGGUUUAAGAACCCAAGAGUGUUUGGUGCUUAUUUUGGUCUCAGAUACAGUGAUUUCUAGGCCAAGCAACUUCAAAUAUGAAUUCCCUAGCGUUUUUGAUCACUCUCGUGUUUGGAUUUGAUAUGACUUGUGGACAAAAUGUGAAAUGCAGUACUAAACUUCAGACACACAUGGCGAAAGGUUCCUGGGGUGAGAUACCGGUUGUUCACAAAGACUACAAGGGAGCGACAGUUGUUGAUCCACCCUUACCAUUUAUGUCUCCAUUUGCUGCAACCACUGAACAGGAAAUAAACAAACAAAUAAACAGGGAGCUAUUUGCCAGUUACACGUAUUUAUCAAUGGCCAUGCACUUUAACCGUGAUGAUAUCAAUCUGCCUGGGUUUCACAAAUUCUUUAAGGAGGCCUCAGAAGAAGAACGCGAACAUGCCAUGAAGUUGAUGGAAUACCAAAACAAACGUGGAGGCCGCGUCUUGCUUCAUGGUAUAAUGAAACCUUGUGAAACGACAUGGGGAAACGGUCUGGAGGCCAUGAAACAUGCCCUGGUCUUAGAAAAAGACGUGUACCAGGCAUUGCUUGAUCUGCACAAUACAGCUUCGAGGAACGAAGAUCCACAGGCUUAUCACUUCGAUCGUGAUGAUGUAGCUUUGCCCGGAUUCCACAAGUUCAUGCUAAAACAGUCAGAUGAGGAACGCGAACACGCCCAGAAGUUGAUGGCCUAUCAGAAUAUGCGGGGAGGACGUAUUGUGUGGAAAGACAUCAAGAAGCCAGAGAAAUUUGAAUGGGGAACCGGCUUAGAGGCAAUGCAAGCAGCCCUGGAUCUGGAGAAACAUGUUAAUGAAUCCCUACUGGACUUGCACAAAGUGGCAGAUAAGAAUGGCGAUCCUCAGAUGAUGGACUUCCUUGAGGGCGAGUUCCUUAAGGAGCAAGUGGAAUCCAUCAAGCAGUUCUCUGACUUUGUCAAAAACUUGACUCGUGUUGGUCCAGGGCUGGGCGAGUACCAGUUCGAUAAGCUAACCCUGGGUGAUGAUGACUAGAGGCUGUCAGCAACAUUCCUCUCCAACCAGAUGGGCUGUAGACGUUAAAUUACUCAAACUGGAUUUGCCUUUUCUGUUAACUUUUUUCCUUUAUUUUUAAUUUUUUUUUGCCUUUAUUUGGCUUUUUUUUUGUUUUGUUUUUGUUUUGUUUUUUUUUCUGUUGUUUUGCAUUUUUUUUAGUUUUUUUCUUGGUCAACGUGUGCAAGAAAACUCUUGUCAAUGAUAAAAGUUCUACCCACAUGUUUGUCAAAGGUUGGACAUUAAAGAGGAGUAUAGUCUUA